AUGCUGAAGGCAAGCACCGGUGACUCUAUAAUAGUACUUCUCGGAGGUGGUCAUGUUUCUGGAAAGAAAACUACGGCAAUAACGGUGAAAAAGGAGCUUAUGUCAAUUAUGCCAAAGAACUCGAUUAAUGUACAAAUCAUAGACAUGAAUGCGUACACAGAUUACUCCAAAUCUUCGGUUGAUUCGCGUAAGUUUCUCAGUAUUGAAACUUCGGCAAUAACGAUUAGGAAGGAAGACAAACAAUACGAUAUUUUAAAACCAUCGAGAUUUGAUUUCAAAAAAUUGAAACAAGAUGUUAAACUUUUAAGUAAACGAAAUGAAGAAGAAGAAGAAGAACCACAGAGGGUAUUGUUAGUUCAUGGCUUAUAUGCUUUAUACGACAAGGAACUUCGAGAUUUGGCACACAUCAAAGUGUUUAUAGAUGGUGAUCCAGAUACUAGGUUGAUACGCUGGAUCGAAAGAGAUGUAUUGGAACGAAAGACCGAUACACUAGAAGGAGUGAUCAAUGCCUACCUCUUUGGAGCUCGAGUCGAGAUGAAUUACUACAUUUUCCCAACAAAGGAGUUUGCCGAUGUAGUUAUGCCCAGAGGUGCAGAACCAAAUGCCGUUAGAUUGGUAAUAGAUGGAGUUUUGCUAUAUUUAACAGGUAAAAAUGCUCACCCUGAACGAUUAAACGUUUCCGGGUACAAUCUACGUCCCACAGAGAUUGGAAUAUUUGAGAGGGAAAGGUUUGAUGUGCAAAAGAAUAAAUUUUAUCAACUAAACUAA